GAGAAAGAAAGAAAGAAAGAGAGAGAGAGAGAGAGAUGACGUUACGUGGACCGAGCUUUAAUUCUUCAAAUUCAACUUUGGACAGCAAAACUAAUUUUUCCCCCCGUGUGUGUGUGUGUGUGUGUGUGUGUGUGUGUGUGGCGCUGAUGAGCUCAGCAGGUUCAUGGACCUCCUGAGGCCUUGAGAUGGCGCCGGUUUUUUAUUCACUGGCGAAAUGAUGUUGCGCAAUCUGCUUUUCUCACCCACGGCAAUCAAUCAGAGCUCUUACUUCCAUUCACUGAAUUUCCCCGAGGAGAACGACGAAACCAUGAGCAAAAGCGACGAAGACUCUCUGAUCCGUUCGGACUCCGAGGUCUCCGAGGUGAGCGCUCUUGAACCUCAGCCUUUACCUGCUACGACUCAGUCUUCUCCCAGCAGGGCUCCUGCUUUCUCUGACUUCUGCAGUAGCAUGAACAGCAGCAUGCAGUCUGGCUACAGAGCGUACCAACCUCGUCUGGGUCUCCCGAUGGGCUACAACGCCCAGACGCCAUUCCCCAGCCAAGCUCAGAGCUCCUUCAGCACCCUACAGCCAGAUAAAGACCAAUGGGUUCAUUCCAGCUCGUUUUCAGGUGGAUUCUUCAGCAACAACCAUCCAUCUUGCCUUGUGUCUGGGGAUUACUGUUCUUAUCAGAGCAAGGCCUGCUGCUCGCACUCGCUGCCAGACGGCCAGAGCUCUGACCCUGCCAGUUUGGAGCAGCCUCGCUCACUGCACUCCAUCCCCAUGGAAUUAGGACAACACAGCUACUACCUGCCCCCCUGCUCCUCACACGGGGCACCGUGCUGCGGGCCGGCUCCAGGACACGCCUUCUGGAUGAAUUCCAGACCACAUACUGAUAUACGCUACCAUGUGCCGUACUCAUCUUCCUGGUCUCGGAACAGCAAGCCAUCCGACCCCGAGCUCAAUCCCAGGCACGAAUCCUUCCACCCUCAGCCGAAGAGCGUUUCCAGCACCGCGACCCUCUCAUUAGAGCAGAGGAAAGUGUUUGUGACUUACGAAGCCGACAACGAAAACCACGUCAAAGAGGUCAUCAAUUUCGUGGCACUGCUGAGACAUAACGGCUUCUACACCCACAUUGAUAUGUUUGAGCAGCAGUUCAGGAGCAUAAGUAAGAUUGACUUUAUGGAGAGGUACAUUACUGAGAAAGACUAUCUGAUCAUCAUCAUCAUCAGCCCAAAGUACUUUGAAAUCGUAACUAACGCUUCACUGUGCAUAGAGAACGAUGAAACACUCAACACUGUCUACAUCCACAAACAGUUACAGAAUGAAUUUAUUCAGAACGGGUGCAGGAAUUUCAGAUUCAUCCCCGUGCUGUUUCCUGGUGCCAAGAGAUGCCAUGUUCCUGCGUGGCUUCAGAACACACACAUCUUCGGCUGGCCCAGAGACCGAGACGACAUCCUGCGACGGCUAAUGCGAGUCGAGAAGUACAACCCUCCGCCUAUAGGGGAGCUGCCCACCAUCGUCUCCAUCCCCAUUUAGCGACCGAAGCAUGAGACAACGUUCACGAUGGAGUGUUACACCUGCGUUUAGAGCCGCAACCGGUGUUUAACAGGAAGUGGACUUCGAGCACAUUUAAACGGGGAUUUAACCUUGGAAGUAACCUAGUUACUUUUUAUACCUAUAUAUUCAUACAGAGAGAGUUUCUGUGGUGUGAAUGUGAGAAAGUGAGUAACAAUCACCCUUCGAUAAGUUCUUUCAUUCAUGCAGAAAUCACAGAAUCACAGCAGACACUGAGGCGGUGAUGUGUAAACGAUUCACUGAUAAUAACUCAAUUAAAUGGUUUGUGUUUCACAUUUUGUGUUCAUUUUGUUCUUUUUUGUUCACAAAGAAGGAAAACUACAAUUGUGUGAUUUGAAAAAGUGCAUUCAGGUCAGAUCUUUGAAUCCAACCCAUGUAAAGCAUAUCUUCAUGGAACUGACUGUGUGUACUGUGUGUCAUUAAAAUGUGACUCCAGUAAAAGUGUCCCUUUAAACAGUAAAAGUAUAAAAGUGUUUGCCUUCAAAUGUACUUAAAUAUCCAAAAUACUAUGAUUUAUUAUAACUAUAAUGUUCUUAUGAUCGUUUUUCUAUUAUCAAGACUCUUUGCUUAAUCAUCUCAGUUUAUGUGAAAAGACUGCUGACUGAAAGACUGAAAAGACGAAUGUUACAGUUAUCGUGAGCUUAAAACCUUCUUUUCAACUACUUCAAAAUAAAUCGUGUAAAUAAUCCCA